CCGGCGUAGAUUUCCAGAUCUUUUCCAGUGGGCGUGGUUCUGUUGCUAAGCACCGACAUGAGGGGUAGAGUAAACUGACGAGCCAGUUUUAGAAAAGCUCUCCGACUGAAAGCUUCAGCGUUCCAUCACAAGACAAUACGUGACUGACAAAAACCGGCUAAAACGGAUUGCAACGAACUUUUCAUUAAAACAUAUUGUGGACUAUCCGAACUAUUUUCUAUAUUUCGCCAGCAUGUGACCACUAACAAUACUAACGCAGUGCUUAAGUUAAAUAUUUACGUAACAGCAUCGGUGUGGCUUUGCAUUAUUUCUUCGGACAUGAAAGGAACGGGUCGCGUCGGAUAAAAGUAGUCAUAGCGCCACCGGCGGGAGGCGAUGCGAUGCCGGGCGCAUAAUGUAUCCCAUGGUGCAUCUGACCGAGCAAAGAAAUCUCCAGCAGCAACAGAGAUCGAACCAAACGAGCGAACUGUUCAGGGUAAGCAACGAGGAAGUCCUUGAAGAGACCGAGGAGGAAAACGUAUCGGUCAAACAUCGUCCAAAACGGCCGCUGCAUCGCCGUAUAUUAAGUUAUGUGCGCAACGCCUGGACCAGCGCCAAGUCUGCUUAUUUAGAUUCCGAACUAGAAGAUUUGGAAACCCCGCCACGUUACAGACCCGACAGCUUGGAGGCACUAUGUAGAGCCACGCGAUUUACGGAGGCAGAAUUGAAACGUAUUUACCGAGGGUUUAAGGCGGAAUGUCCUACUGGUGUGGUUAAGGAAGAAAAUUUUAAAAUGAUAUACGCUCAAUUCUUUCCCCAGGGCGCCAACUCCAGUCAGUACGCUCAUUACGUGUUCAAUACACUGGAUCAGGACCACAGCGGACUAAUUAGUUUUGAAGAUUUUGUACACAACUUGUCGGUUCUAUCGAGGGGCUCGCUCGAGGAGAAACUCAGAUGGGCUUUCACGCUCUAUGAUAUCAAUGGAGACGGCUGCAUUACGCGAGAAGAAAUGACCGAUAUUGUUACCGCUGUCUACGAACUAAUGGGGAAGCUUGCGGAACCCAGCAUAGAGGAAGAUACGGUUAAAGAAAAAGUUGACAGCAUAUUUAAAAAAAUGGACAAAAAUGGCGACGGUGUGGUUACUCUGGACGAAUUUUUGGAAUGCUGUCAAGAAGAUAUCGACAUAUCUUCGUCCAUGGCCGUUUUUGAUUCUUCGAUAUGAAAAAAUUUUAGAAUCCUAAAACGAAUGAGAAAUUUUCUCCGCGAGAAAUGUUUGACCAAAAUGUAUCAAAAUAAAAUAAGCAGUGAUAAAAUCCUACUCAUAAAAUUCAUAGAUGUUAAGUAAUUUCCUUGACACCAGUUUAUAUGUUAUAAAAAUUCUCACAGGGUAAUUAAGUUUGUUAUUGUCAUAAUUUAUAUUCGGAAUGAAAGCUUUAAAUUGGUAACGACCAAAGCUUUAAUCUUUAAUAUUUUCUUUUUUUAAAAACAUAUAAACAGUAAUUAUAAAUGUAAUGUUUAAAAUGUUUUGAAAAGAUAUAAAAAUAUAUAGCUUAGAGGUGUUGUUUAUAUAAUUUUAUGUGAAUUUUUUGUUCAACGGGAUUGUCAACAAAUUUUAAAAUCAAGUGUGUAAUGUGUAAUAGAUAUUUUAUGUCAAUAUGUCGAUGUUACGCCUAGAAAAAGAGAUUAUUUUAAUCACUUUCCCAUGGAAUUAAAACAAUCCUUUGAUGUGUUUCAAAAUUUCACUACGUUUUAUAUAAUCUAAAAACAUGUUUAAUUGAAUAGGUUUAUUACUUAAAUUGUUAUUAUGGGACAUUUAAUAUUGAAUAUUGAACAUUGCGUAAACAAAUGAGGAGGAAAAAUUUUUAAAUCUAGUUUAAAUUACAAAAUUAAAAUUUAUAUCGUCGGUGCUUCAGCAAUAAGAUCUAUGCACGUAAUUCUAAAUUAUAGUAUGUAGGACCUACAAUGAUUGUAGGUAUUAUAUAAUAUAGGUAUUGUUACAAUACAAUAUUUACAUUACAUACAUUGUAUUUUAUACACUUACAGUUACGGAAAAUAGUAAUGUCCAUUUGAAUCACAGACACAUUGUCCCAUUAUCUGUGAUUUGAAUGCUCCAUUGUAAUUGUUCGGAGACAUUCGGGUUUUGGUAAUAAAAUUAACAUAUAUAUUUUUAAACUUAAUAAUUCUACCUACCUGCGAUUUAUUAUUCUUUCUACGCAUAUUUUAUUUAACGUUGGAUUCUUUUAUCAUUAUGAUACCAUUUACUUUUGCAGUAUUUUUAGCCGUAACGGUAUUCUGAGUUCUUUAUCCACAGUAAUUUAUACCCCUUAAAAUUUUAAGCU